UUAUAUUGAAGUUAAUGAAAAUCGUAUAUUUAACUUUUAAAGUCCCCCUUGUUCGUUUGAAAAAUAUCGGUGCAAAGGGCUGACCAGUUAAAAUAAAGCAUAAGUGGAAGGGCGGAGUUUUUCAAUUUACACCAAUAGUAGUUAGGGUUUUGAAUGUUUUGGGCGGGGUGAUUAAAGUCUAAACCAAUCAGGAAAUAGAAAAAUACUCUUAGUUUACCGUGUGCCAUUCGGCGACGUGUAUUAUUUACGAAGUGUAACGGACUACUGUACUUGUAACAUUUUAAACCGGGGGAACGGGAUAAAUCUGAAGAGAGAAAGGGCACGUAUUCCGGUGAAAAUGAAUCUGGCCGAGGUAAAAAAGUUGAAAGUGGCAGAAUUGCGGGCCAAGCUCCAGCAACGAGGCCUGGACGCGAAAGGACUGAAGGCCGACCUUGUAGAGCGCCUAAUGAGUGCCAUUGAGGCCGAAUCCCAGGCUGCGUUGCCAAUCGAAGUCGGGGAUAAAGAUGGCCUUCCUGGAGGAGACGAGGUACAGCAACAGGAUGACCACGUUCUGGGACUUUCCACGCCGGCGGGGGAAAUUGUGGCACGAACGAGUAGUCAGUCACCAGCCGGACCUGGAGAACCUACCCAUAAGGAGGACGCCGAAGUUGACAGAAAAGAGUUGACACGGGUAGGCGAGACAGCCAUUGCCGGUUCAAGUCAAACAGAAAAGUCGACCUCUCCUAGGGCACCAGCAGCAGCAGAAUUAGCAACCAACCAUCCGACAUUGCCACUGUUAACACAGGAGGAAACGAAUGCUGCCCCAGUCUUGGUAGAAACACCAGCUUGUCCAUCCAAGCCCGUUCCUAGAGAAUCAUCAGCGGAAGCAAAACCUGUAUCGUUAGGAGAUGCGCCCUCGCUUUCCCUUGUAAAGGGAACCUUGGUGGAAGCUAAGUUGGGGCAAGAAAACCCGCAAACGCAACAGAAGAACACCGAACAGUUUCCGCUACAUUUAGCUGAAGGUCCUAACGAGCAGGCCCCAGGACCAGACACUGAAGUUCCCGUUGCACCCACCAAGAGUACCCUUCCGCAGUCCGAAACCAAAGAACAGACUUUGACCACUGCUACUGGUAAUCAAGGGCCCACAGAAGAAGCCAAACCAACUACAAGCGCCUCAAUUAUUGUACCCCAAGGCAAAGUGGAGAAGAAAAAUGACGACUUGAACGGAAGCACGCGGAUGCAAAAUCAAGCCGGGUCAGUAAGUGAUGACAACGUAGCAGAGCCAGACUGGUCGAUUGGGGCUGAAAGAGGCAGCGACGAUGAGACUGCAUCUGAACCAGAGAAGGAAGUGUCCAAGGGAACUGAAGCAGAGGGAAAGAAUGAGGGAGAACUCAGGGGUGUGAAGAGGCCGCGUGUAGAAAGAGCCAGGGGCUACUAUGAAUUCAAGGAGGAGAUCAACUACAACCGGGCAAAAUCCCCAGAGCCCGAACCUGAGGCUGAGGACGAGGAGGAGGUGGAUUCGGAGUUGGUGCAGCUGGAUUCAUAUAACUGUGACUUGCACUUUGAGGUUGGGAAGGAUGGGUGCAGUGGCCAGCCUCUGUUUUCGGAGAAGUUCCCCCUCUUGUGGUCGGGAUGCCGCCUAACCCAUGGAUUCAAUCAGGGCAGCGUGGGCUUUGAGGCUAAGAUUGUGAAGAAGCUUCCAGUGGCUGACUUAAACGCGGAAGAUCCCGGCGCACAUGUUUUAAGAGUGGGCUGGUCUCUCGACAAUUCCAGCUUCCAGCUCGGGGAGGUGGAGUUGUCGUAUGGUUAUGAUGGGCGGGGUAAAAAGGUUACUGGCGGAAAGGAAGAGGAAUUUGGGGAGCCCUUCUCUGAGGGUGAUGUCAUUGGAUGUUAUGCUUCCUUCUGUGACAGCCAGGUGGCACUCUCCUUCCAUAAGAACGGCUCCCCGGUUGGCACGGCGUUCACUGUGAGCCGCGCCCUCCUGGCCAGUCACGCCCUGCACCCGCACGUGCUCUGCAGGAACGUCUGUGUGGCCCUCAACCUGGACCCUGCUGGGUCGCCAUGGUUUCCUCCGCCCCCUGAACACACCCCUUUCCCGGCCCUGCCCCCGGAACUUCGAGUUCGGGCCCCGCUGCCUCCGGUCUCCAAGCAGCAGUGCGAAGUGCUGAUGAUGGUGGGCAUGCCCGGAGCAGGGAAGUCUCACUGGGCCCAGACUCACAUGGCCCAGAACCCAGAGAAGCGCUACAACAUCCUGAGCACACACACCGUGCUCAGCUGCAUGAAGAAUGUUCCGGAGUCUGAGCAGAAGGAGCAGGUGAUUCAGCAGGCCACUCAGUGUGUCAGUGGGCUGAUCAAAGUGGCAGCACGCAGACGGCGAAAUUACAUCCUCGACCAGACGAAUGUGUAUGCCUCUGCGCAGCGGCGGAAGCUGCUGCACUUCAGGGGUUUCCAGCGGAGAGCGGUGGUCAUCUGUCCCACGGACGAGGAGUGGAAGCGACGCCUGGCGGCUCACCAGCAGCAGGAGGGCGAGGAGGUGCCCGACACGUCCCUCCUCAAAGUGAAGGUGAGCUUCACUCUGCCGCAGCAGGGCGACUACCUGGAGGAGGUCCUGUUCCCGGAGAUGUCCCGAGAGGAGACUGAGAAACUGCUGAGCGGGUACAAGGAGGAGGCCCGCCGCCUGCUCCCCAGCCAGCCCAAACGCAAGAGGCACCGCAGCAACCGCAAGAACAGGCCGCCCCCAAACGCUCCCAGCCACCCGAGGCGCAACCACCAGGACUGGGGAUACGGAGGGCCCAGAGGAGGGUACAGCCAGCGACCGUAUGGCCACCAGCCAUAUUGGGGACAGCCACGCAGAGAGGACUACCGACCAUACUACAAUCAGUACCGCAUGGAAUAUGACCCCUUCUACGGCCGUAACUAUGACCCGCGGCGGUACAGGGACUACUUCCAGCAAUACACUGGAGGGUGGAAUCGCUCUUUCCAAGACCAGGGUCACUAUGGCGACAGGAACUAUGGUUACGGCAGCUACCGUGGGUAUCGAUAAACCAAAAAAUAAUUCUCUCUUAACCGUGCAGCUAAAAUUAUUUCAGUCUUUGCCUGCCUCCUUUUUUAAUAUGUCAGAAUGAAAAAGCAAACAGUCUAUUUCUAUCCUCACAUUUGGGGAUUAGAAUAUUUUAUCCUUUCUUUUAUUAUUUUUCAUUCUGCAGAUUGUUUUUUUUUUUGUUUUGUUUUGUUUUUCCUCAAUAGGAAAUAACUAGCACUGACUUGAAAAUGGAGUGCUAUUUUUUAAUAAUGUUAAUGUGGGGGCUGGUUACCAUUUGGUAAUGUAAAAAAAAAAGUUUUUAUUUUUUGCAAAAUUAAGGAAUGAGUAAGAAAUGUUUACUUUUCUAAAGGUUCAAUUGCCACAAUUUGGAAAUUUUCCUUAGUAAACCUGCAACAAUCAAGAGAAUUACAAGUUAGAAAAUAGACAAAUUACAUUUAUGUGGUCUUAAUUUUUGCAAACAAAAACACCAAAUUUUACUGGAAAUUUUAUACAGUGUAAAUAUAUUUUCUACAUGAUAAAUCACAGUAAAUCUCCUACAUCAUACAGUGCUUCCUUUUUAUAUUUGCUUUUACAUUCUGUGGUUCUGGCUCCAAUUUAAUGUAUUUUUACUUGUACUGUUUAUAACCUGGUUUCCUGAUUGUGGAUCUCAACAGAAUUGUCAUAACAAGUGAACACUGUACACGUGCUUGUACACACACACACACACACGCACAUGCACACACACACAAACACACACACAAACAAACAAACACACACACCUUUACAUAGUCAUAUUUUUUUUCUUUAAGGUCUUAAAUUUCAGUCAUUUUAUAUUAGUUGACUUUCAGGCCAGUUAAAAUAAACUAGUUCACACAAUUUGUAUAGAAUUUAUUCAGGGAACUGAGGAUUGGGCCUUGGUGUACUGGUGGCCUGUAAUGAUUAGAAUCGUGUUCUGUGUUUAGUAAACUUAAAAUAUUACUUUUGUUCAAAGCAAAUCCUUUUUCUUGCAAUAUUUAAUCAUUCAGAAUUGGUUGUGUGGCCUUGCUGUGUUGCACUGAUCAUCAGUGGUUUCUUCAGAUGUCGCAUGUGUGGUUCUGCCUUAUUGCCUCAAGCUUUGGUUUGAGUCCUAUAGAUUCAUGGUUCUAUAGAUCUUCAGUGCAUUAGAGUGUGUGUGUGUGUGUGUAUGUGUGCGAACUGUCAAUUCUCACUUUUUGCCAUUUCUCUUUUCCCUUUGUCAUCCAAUUGUGAGAACCCAUAAAUCGAAUUACUAAAUGGCGUCAUUUCAAUAUUGAGGCUACUGUUCAUUUUCUCCUGGAUAAAUCAUUGUUCAUAUUAUUUUGCCAUUGCAAUACAAGUUAGAGGGCCUAUCUCAGCUUGUGUUAUGACCCAUCUGUCUUGACUUGCCUGUGAUUUUGACUAUUUUUAGAAGUAGUUUAUAUCCAUCCAUCCUGGAUGUUUGCUCAAGCCUUUUCUGUUGACCAUAUUAGAAUGGACUGAAGGACUGCAGAAGCCAAACAAUCAGUGAUAACUGCGUUUAUAGCACAAGGCUAGUGUUUAAAUGCAAACAUGUUAUCUAGAAAAUAUAGAGUACUAUGCUUUUUAUCUAUCAAACACUAUCUUCUGGCAAAAAUAAAAAGUGUUUCAAUCCUUGCACAAUCUUCUGAAAUGACUGUGCUCGACAAGGCAUUUGGGUGAGGUUAAAGGAGUUUACUCCAGAUUUAGCUGGAAUUAAACGUAAAAUUGAAUGUUGAAGUUUUGUCGAGGUAUUUUUUUAAUACAGUUGUGCUAUUUUUUAACUGCUUGUUGUAUUAAUACAAUUUAUUGAAGCUGGGGAGCAGCUUCACUUGCACUAUGUGACAUGUUUGUUUAAUCAGAGCUUGUUUAAUCGUUUGAAUUGUUUCCCGAAAUACCAUUGUUGACCAUUUUGUAUGUACAAAGUUGCAUAUAUUGUUAUUUUAAAAUUGCACUUUUUUUUUUUUUUGAAAAAGUUUUGACAUGAAUGCACAAAAGGAUGUUUUUCCAAAUGAUACUGUGGAGUCCUAGAAUUCAGUUGAACCUUAAAGGUUAAAAAAAUGUUCUGCAUGUAUUGCUUGUCAAAGGGGUUUGUUUUCAUCCUCAUACUUGGGGGGAGAAAAAUGCUAUUGUUCUUCAGGACACCCAGCCUUACUUGAAAUACAUACGUUUUUUUCCAGCUGUGUGAAUUUUAAAAAAAUCUUCCAAGUGAGGUCUUGGGAAAACAGUCCCUCUACAAAAACAUACAUCCUAGUUUUAAAAAAGAAGAAUUUAGAAUUUAGUAAGAAUCCGGACUAAAAUAUUAGUUACCAACAUUGUGUAUUGAUAAAUAAUUAUUCAAUUUCUAUGCAGUCACAUAUGGGCAAAGGCCUCAAUAUUCUUUUUGCACUGUUUUAUUUAUCCAUCCAAAUAAUACUUUUUUAUUUUAAAAGAAGAAUUAAAGAAGCCAUUAUAACCUUUUGGAAAAAAGUAAUCUAUUGUUUUGCUUUGCUUCUGAUUGUUCAUUCUGACUAUUAACAUUGCCUUGGAGGAUUUUUAUACAAGAGUAGCAUUAGUAUAGGUGAUGUUUUGCACACUGCAGUGAAUGAUUAUAUUCAGAAAAUAUUUGAAAUCUCAUAUAUAUUCAGAUGGUCUACAUUUUAUUUUGGAAUGGAAAAAAAAUAUGAAUUUAAGGUUGUCAUUGCAAAGAAUAUUGAUUUUGUUUUAUUUUUUUAAGCAUGGAGGAUAAUUUGAGGCCAAUAAAGCGAUGCAUUUUACUGA